AUGAGCGCCAAGUUAAAAUCCAUGCUUUUAGAACAGCUCAAGAACUACACUACUAGAAAUGUAGAUAUUUAUAAGCACUUGACCAACAUUAAUGUGUCCUAUAAACAUUCGGACAAUAUUUAUGAGGUUAACUUAUCACCCAGGUCAAAAGAACAGGAUGUAUCUGAUCCAGAAGAUGAAUCUUUGAUGUUUCAAGUCGAUAGAAAUCUUGUCAUUAAAAAUGUACUUGAUGGUAUUCGACAUCAUGAGAGACAAGUUAACACUACACCUAAGAAAAUCGUAAUUGAAUUUAGCUCACCAAACAUAGCCAAACCGUUUCAUGUUGGGCAUUUGAGAUCAACUAUAAUUGGGAAUUUUAUAGCAAAUAUAAACACAUACUUCCAAAAUAAUGUAGUAAAAAUUAAUUAUUUAGGAGAUUGGGGAACUCAGUUUGGCCUUUUGCAAUACGGAUUGAAAGCAAAAAAUUUAACUAUUAAUGAUUUAAAAGACAACUCAAUUAAAACACUGUACAAUGUUUAUGUAGAAACAAAUAAAUUGGCUGCUACAGAUGAAACAAUACAAAAUGAAGCCAAGAAAAAUUUCUCUAAUAUAGAACAAGGAACAGCAGAUUUAGAGACAUGGAAACACAUAAGAGAAAUUACAGUUGCAGAAUUAGAAUCAGUGUAUCAUCGAUUAGGUAUUAAAUUUGAUCAGUAUGAAUGGGAAUCAGAUUAUAACGGUAAAGCUAUAAAAGAUAUAAUAACUUUAUUAGAAGGGAACAAGAUAAUAUAUACUCAUGAAACAGGAAAGAAAAUUGCUAGAGUCAACGAUAGAGAUGUUACUGUAUUAAAGAGUGAUAAUGCAACUUUAUAUCUAUCAAGAGAUAUAGCCGCCUUGAUAAAAAGGUAUGAGAAGUAUAAGUUUGAUAGAAUGUUAUACAUUGUUGACAAUGCACAAACAGAUCACUUCAAUGCUGUUAUUAAUAUUGUUGGAAGAGUUAAUGAGGUAUGUGCCGAGGCCUGUGAACAUGUUAAGUUUGGAAGAAUCAAAGGGAUGAGUACUAGGAAAGGAAAUGUCAUAUUCCUUAAUGAUAUUUUGGAUGAAGCAAAAUCGAAAAUGCACGAAAAGCAACAGCAGUCUAAAAAUACAAGGAAAUCAGCAAUAAACAAAGAAACAUGUGACAUAUUAGGGACUACAGCAGUUAUAAUUAAUGACUUAAAGCAGAGAAGAAAGAAAGACUACAUAUUUGACUGGAGUAGAGCUCUGCAAACUGAAGGAGAUAGUGGCAUAAAACUUCAGUACCUUCAUUGUAGGUUGUGGAGUUUAGAAAAGAAUUCUGGUGCAGUUCUUCCAGACUUCUGUGAACCAGAUCUGCUAGAUGAAGAAAUCAUUGGUGAUAUAGUAACAGAAUUAGCAAAAUUUGAUAAUGUUCUACAGAGAGCUUAUUAUGAACAAGAAGCAUGUAUACUUGUAAAUUAUUUAUUUAAACUCUCACGCUAUGUCAACAGAAUGUUCAAUGAAGUCAAAGUUAAGGGUUCAAGUGAUGACUUAGCAUCACAAAGGCUUCUUGUGUAUUAUUGUGUAAGAAGAGUUGUGAAUACUAGUCUUAAAAUCUUAGGUGUAAAACCUUUAUAUGAAAUGUAA